GCGGCCUCAGACGCUACCCAGAUGCCAUCAGGGCGUGCCAAGCCCACCAGCCUGCCCAUCGUGCAGGGCGGCCGGGGGCGCAUCCCCAUCGUGGCACAGAACUCUGAGGAGGAGAGCCCRUUGAGUCCUGUGGGCCAGCCUAUGGGCAUGGCGCGGGCRUCGGCGGGGCCCCUGCCGCCCAUCUCGGCCGACUCACGGGACCAGUUUGGUUCGUGCCUCUCCCUGCAGGACUCCCAGCAGCAGCAGCACCUGAGGGACGAGCCAACGAGGGGGCGGGGCUACGUCUUGAUGGACGACCUCCAGUGCACUAUGUCGGACGGCGAAGCCCUAAGUGACUCCAUGCUGGCACUGAACAGAGAUGAUCCCCGACAAUCACAUGAGAAUAUCCCAAACGCCUACCACCUACGGCGAGAGGAAACGGACUGGUUUGACAAACCACACGAGGGACGACCAGAGAACGGACAAGGGCCGGACAGGAGACAGGGGAAGGGUGUUUACUACCCCUUUCCUCACACCAGAGUCAAACUGCAGAGGGAUCCCAAGGACCGCAGCGUGUCAGGGAAUGGAUUGGGUAUCAGAGUGGUGGGAGGUAAAGAGGUUCCAGGGACCAACGGAGACAUCGGAGCCUACGUAGCUAAAGUCUUACCUGGAGGAGUUGCCCACCAGACUGGGAAGAUACUAGAGGGAAUGCAGGUGCUGGAGUGGAACGGGCUUCCUCUGACGGGGAAGACCUACGAGGAAGUGCAGGGGCUUGUGGUACAGCAGUGUGGCGAGGCAGAACUCUGCGUGAGACUAGAUCUGAACAUGCUGGCUGACUCUGAGGGCUCUCAGCACCUUGAUCUCCCAGACCAGAGCAAACCAGGUAGAGUAAGAGCUUAGCCUC